GCUAUUUUUCAUUCCAAUCCCGCGCCCCCCCCGCAAUAUGCCCCGGGAUGUUUUCCUCCUCUGUAUGGAUGCUGCUCCUUGCAGCGGUGGCUAGUCUGCACUCGUUUGCGAUGGCCCAGAUCUGUGACAUGCCGGAACGGUGGGAGGUCACCGGCUUCACAGCCUUCAACCAGACCGAAUUAGACAUAAUCGCACGGUCCUGCACGAUCUUCAACGGACACCUCUACGUGCACGAAAGCUUCACGGGCCGUUUCUACCUGCCCAAUGUCCGACACAUUAUAGGCAAUCUAGGGCUCUAUUCCAGUUACGAACCAAACGACGGUCAGCCCAGGCCCAAACUGACCUCGUUCGAGUUGCCCGAUCUAGAGACGGUCAACCGCAGUAUCUCUUUGAUUAACAUGUCGAGCCUGAAGAAUGUAUCGAUGCCGAAAUUACACUCGGUGGGCGGGCAAGUCGGCGUGGAUGCUUUUGAAGAGCUGAAUCUGCGGUCGUUGGAGGCAGUCAGCACCAUGAAUAUUGGAGGUUCCCUCUCUACUCUGCGACUCGACGCCCUGAGGGAAGCCACGAAGCAUCUUGUGAUCUCAAAGGAAGAUGUACCUCCCAUUCCCGCUCUGGAUCUUUCCCUCCCUUCCUUGACCGAGGCGGGCGGCAUACAAUUGAACGGAAUAUUCUCUCGUGUCGCCAUGCCGCAACUUUUCAAUAUCUCUCUUGGCUAUUCACUCUGGGAGUCUUUUAAGAUAAACUCUUGGGGUGGCCCUCCAUUCGAAGUCUUCCUACCACAGCUGGCCCAUGUCAGUAUGGAUAUCGAUAUAAGUGGUGUGAUCCAGGGCUUCUCCAUGCCCAGCAUGAAGAACAUGAUGACUAGCUCAUUUCGGCUCAAUACGACCGAGCAGCUGGACCUUACUCUACCUUUCGAGCAGGUAGGUGCCGUUGAGUUAUAUGGCAACUUGACAAGCAUCAAAUUUCCCAACUUGGAUGUCGCGAGGUCUAUAGAAGUCAAGACCACCGUCCCGUUCGACUGCGGGGCCCUGAAGAAGUCGGUGGCUCCGGCCAUACAGCACGAGGACGACUGGCGUAACCAAUGUACUGCACCGGCAGGCCCAGGACUCAGUCCCGGUGGGAAGAUCGGCGUUGGAGUUGGGGUGGGCGUCGGUGGUCUGGUGGUGAUCGCUGCUGCCCUGUGGUUCUUCCUUCGGCGCAGGAAGCAAACGAAGCGCUUGAAGUCGGAGUCGAUUGCCCACCUCCGCGACAUGCCACCGUCGUACGCAGAGACCCGAAACCAUGAUCAUCCGCCUGGGUAUGUCUUCACUCAUGCAGGGUGAUGGUUUAUCAUGAUUGAGGUCUUGAUGGUGUAAUUCAAUAGCUGAGCCCCUUGUAAUGUUGAUUAUAGAGGACAUUCUAGUUAAUAAUCCAUGUGCUAGUUUCUGGUAUUUC